ACAAAUACUGACGUCAUCCACUUGCGCCAGACUUAAGGAAGCAUGGCUGGAAUUGUGACAAACGGAUCUGUACCAAAACAUGCUUCUUUAUCAACUUUACAGUCUUUGAAUGGACUUUUUGCCAUUUAUAAAAAGGAAGGACCCACGUCCGCAGAUGUGUUGAACUCAUUAAAAGAAGCACUCCUCAAAGAGGCAGGUGUUAAAAACCCUAAUCCUCGCAAGAGGAAGAAACAAGCUCUGAAAAUAGGGCAUGGAGGUACUCUGGACAGCGCUGCCUCGGGUGUUCUCGUUGUUGGGAUAGGGAACGGUACGAAGAUGCUCAGUACAAUGUUGGCUGGCUCUAAAAAAUACAGAGCGGUCGGUGAGUUGGGGAAAGCCACAGACACCCUGGAUGCCACCGGCAGUGUGGUUCACCAGGAGAAAUAUGAUCACAUCACCCAGGAGCUGCUGCAGGAGAAGCUGAAGAUCUUCACUGGUGACAUCAUGCAGGUCCCACCUCUCUACUCUGCGCUGAAGAAGGAUGGCAAGCGUCUGUCUGUCCUGCUGAAGCAGGGCCACGAGGUGGAGGCCAAGCCCGCCCGGCCCGUCACCGUCCACAACAUCUCCCUGCUGGACUUUCAGCCUCCUGGCUUCACCCUGGAUAUAGAGUCUGGGGGUGGAUUCUACGUGAGAAGCUUGGUGGACGAUCUUGGAAAAGCGCUGGCGUCUUGCGCCCAUGUGAAGGAGCUGGUCCGGACCAAGCAGGGCCAGUUCACCCUGGACCUCUGUCUGAGAGAGGAGCAAUGGACCCUGCACCACCUCCUCCAAUCACUGCAGCCCUGCCCGGGGUCAGGGGUCAACGGAGAGACUGUGAACCCGGCCGCUCCCGUUCCCGGCCUGGGGGUGGAGGCGGGCCUGGGGGUGGAGGCGGGCCCAGAUCAGAGAGGGGAUCUGUAGUUCUGCUGCAUUCCUUGAUGUGCUUUGUAACUUCCGGUCAGAGCCGGGUUACAGAGUGGGAGCAGAGUUGGUGAGGAGGGUGAGGGAGGAGAGAAGUGGCAGGAUUUGGAGACAGGGCCAGGUGAAAACAUGUCAUCACUUGGUCCCAGGAUGGUGGUGUAACUCCACCCCUCAGCUCAGCCUGCGAAGGCUUCUCCUGUGUCUUAGUUACAGCAUGUUCUUUUCUCCAGGGUGGUGUCCUCAUCUGUAGACACCAUGUCUGUUCCCCAGCAACAUGGAGGAGGAGGGGCAGGUCGAGAGCGAGCCUGCGACACGGCUCACUAACCAGCUGCUGUUCCUACUGGACUCCAAGCUUCGUGCCUGAACGUGAUAUUGUUGUUUUAUUUGAUGAUAUGCAAUGUUUAAACGGUGUUAACAUCUGUGAUUGUAAGAUGUUUAAUACAAGGUUUCAUUCCUAAAUCAGGUAGGAUGUGUGCAUUGUACACUUCAGUUUAAAGUCAACACUCAGACUCCUGGGAAAGGAGAGGAUAGAAUUACGUCUGUAUUAUUUUUAAGUUGCUGCGGUAAUGACACCAUUUUGGUGAGACAUGAUUGAUUGUUCUUUUGAUUCAAUUUCUUUUCAUAUAAAACACCAGAUGAAG